AUUUUGUCAGCGUUUACAGGAGCGAGAUAACAAGGCGAGCGCUGUUCAGCAGGAAGUCAAGCUAUAUCACCGAAGUGCGCAUGCGCCGCAGCUCUCCUCAAUCUAGGGCUGCGUUUGUCUUCAUAAAACGAUGAACAAACUCCUGGAUAGCUGUCCUAUGAAAGCAGCCCCCCCUCUGUAGUCUACUCUAAGAGUGUGAUGGAGAGCACCGACGAGGUCACGGUGUCCAUGGCGGAGGUGGUGAUGGUGAAGGCUGACGACGGAGACCCCGAUGACCCUAAUAAGACUCAGGUCAUCCUCCAGCUCCAGCCAAUCCCCACUGGAGAUGAAUCUGCUGAAACUGAUGCAGCUGUGAUGACUGUUGAAGCUCAUCAAGAACAAACUGACGGCGAUGGCGUUGAAAUCGGCUGUCCGAUAACAUGCGGCGACUGUAAAGCCGUGUUGCUGGUGAAGAAGUUUGUUUGCCCAGGAAUCAAUGUAAAAUGUGUGAAGUAUGAAGACCAGCUGAUCAGCCCGAAGCAGUUUGUGCACAUCUCUGGAAAAGCGACUCUGAAAGACUGGAAGAGAGCCAUCAGGAUGGGAGGAGUCAUGCUGCGAAAGAUGAUGGAUUCAGGUCAGCUCGACUUCUACGAGCACAACACGCUGUGCACCAACACGUGUCGCAGCACCAAGUUUGACCUUUUAAUCAACAACACGCGCUUCCCGCCCGACGGCUCUGGACUUCCCACGCCCACGUCCUCCCAAGCCCAGUUGGUCCUGGGUAACGGCGGGACGGCGGGCGAGGACAGAGCAGAUGUUCUGAGUGGGAAGAUGGACUGGAUUACAAGCUCGCUGGAGGCUGCAGACAAGAAGGAAUCAAAUGAGAUCUCAGAGGACACGCUGAACUUCUGGAAAGGCAUCGCCGAUGUGGGUUUGUUGGGUGAAGUGGUGACCAACAUCAGCACAGAGCUGCAGGAGCUGCUGAACGGCGUGCAGCAGCGCCGGGAGCCGGCUGCCCUACAGGACACAGAUUCCUGUCUGGUGGAGGUGGCGGUGCUCAGUAACCUCGCCCAAGUGUUCGGCCUGCUCGACUCGGUUAAGAAGAUGGUGGAGAAGAGGAGGCAGCAGACGGAUCCCAGCCAGGAGCAAAUGCUCUGCACACUCAGCAACCUGGAGAUGCAGCUGGAAGAGCAGAGGAAGCAGCAGCAUGUGCGAGCGCUCCUGUCCUACCCGCAGCCGGCCAAAAGCAAGACUCCCACCAAGCGCCCGACCAAGCGACCUCGGCUCCAGAGGCCCGCCUCCACCACCACCACCCUGCUCACCUCCUCCCUCAACCAGCAGGCCACCCUGCAGCCCCAGCAGUUCACCGUUCUUUCGCCCAUCUCGCUGUCCUCUGUGGGUCAGCCGUUCACCAUGACGGGCCUGCCCAUCGCCUCCCUGUCUCAGUCCUCCAACACGGUCACCCUCCUCCCCGCCGGCUCGCAGCUCUUCACCCGCUACAUGUUGGCCGGAGACGGAAAUACGGACACCAUCACCUUGCAUCCGUCGUCGGGCCUCACGCUGGUGGGCACCACCAUGCAAGACUCCAGCCAGUUGGGCACGAUUGUGAGCCCCGUAGAGCUGCUGCACCUGACGCAGCAGGUGGGCGGUGCAGAGGGGGUGCCCUUAGAAGGCCACAUGGUGGACGGCACCAUGCUGGUGCAGCAGGAGGUGAUGCAGGGCGAGGUGGAGGCCGGCCAGGAGCACACGGUCAUCGAGAUCAACCCGGCUUCGAUGGAGCAGGCGAUGGGCGUGAUGGAGCUGCAGCUGACCGGGGAGUCGGGCGGAGACGGGGGCACCAUGAUGGUCCAGAGCGGGAUGGAGUUGACGAUGGCUGCAGGGGGGGAGGAGACGCAGUGCCAAAUGCAGGAGGUGCAGACUGGGGGGGUUCAGGGGCUGCAGCUGGACGCCAGCGGACAGUUGACAGGUGUACAGAUUGUGGUGAUAGAAGAAAAUACUCAGGACGAAAACAAGGUGAAGUGAGACUCGCCUCCUCUUUUAUCCAGCAGAGCGAGUACGGACUCAGACUGGGGAGACUGAAUACAGUUUCCAAAUCCACAAAUGCCUUGGCCUAAGACCAAGCUCGAGGGGUAGCCGGCCAUGUUUCCUUUCCUGGUGUGAACAAGCUGCUCAACUUGUUGCUGAUUGUUAUUGACACAAAGAGGCAUCACAGCAAAGAACUCUCUGCUUCUGUUGGUUUGUGUGUUCAGUAGGAUUCUGCUUUAUUACAACUUGGGUCCAAUACUUGUAAUUUGGCCAUCUGUGAUGACAUCAUCGUACUCCACGAGUCAUGUUAGUCAAAACAAUGUGGAAGAAAAGGUCUGGUGUGUUUCCUGUACAGAGGCCA